AUGCUUGUCUCAAGUCAAGGAGGGCAACAUCCACGAGGGCAACAUCCACAAGGGCAAGCGCCACAAGUGCAAGCGUCACAAGUGCAAGAUCCACAAGGGCAAGCACCACAAGGGCAAGCACCUGAAGGUCAAGAACCAUCGAGAAGAACUGAUUCAUCGGAAAUAAAAGGCAGCGAGAGCGAAGAAUUUGAUGAAGAACACCCAUUUGGCGAUAACGAGCCCCUCAAUAAUUCCUGGCGCAACUUUCUCAAAAACCAAAAAGAUCGUCCUCCUCCAGAUUCGAGUCCUAAUCAUCCUCAAGCGUCAUCUCCAGCUCUGAUUCCUCAUUCUGGAGUUUCGUUUCAAUGGCUCCAGAUCUUAGACGGAACCGUAAACCUCUCGCUGGUUAACUUUCUCGGCCGAGGCAACUUCGGUGAAGUCUAUCGCUGCCAUUUCCCAACAACCAAUACGUACGGAGCUGCAAAGAUUCAGAAUUUCAAGAACCCAGAGGCUCAUCCCGAGUUCGCGGCAGAGAUUAUGACUUUACACACAGCUAAUCACCCAAAUGUGAUCAAACUUCUCGGCAAAUGUUUCGAGAAGGACCAUCGUGUCAUCGUCUACGAAUACAUGCCUAAAGGCUCUCUCGAUCACUACCUCUAUGCAAACACGAGGCCAAAACAGGGUCCGGGUCGAGACCAGGAGUAUCCGGUUUUGAGCUGGGUCGAGAGGCUGAAAAUUGCACUGGGUGUAGCCGAAGCUCUUGUUUAUCUACACGAGGGGUUAAAGAUAAUUCAUCGAGACGUCAAGGCUUCGAACGUUUUACUUGAUGAGGAUCUUGUGCCGAGGCUCACUGAUUUCGGACUGGCGACUAAAAUGGUUGUAGAUGACAACAACGUCGAGAAGCCGAGCAAGAUCUAUCCGAUCAAGGGGACUCCGGGAUGCAUCGCACCGGAAGCAAAGGGCUCGGGUUUGGUUACGAGCAUGUCCGAUGUCUAUAGCUAUGGAGUUUUCCUCUUUACGCUUUUCACUGGAAGGAAAGCUUUUGAUCGGCAGAGAGCUGUUGAGAAAACGAACAUCACUGAUUGGUUGAUGCCAGUUUGGAGUAAACAAGAGUACAUGCCUAUGGUACUUGAUGCUGCGCUCGGUAAUAGCUAUUCGGUUGAAGGUUUAAGCAGAUUGUUUCAGGCUGCGAGGAUGUGUACAGACCCACAAGCACUUGCACGACCAAAAAUGGCUCAGGUGGAGUCGAUGAUUCGCGAAGCUGCAGGGCACGAGGUGACAGUGUGUCGGCCCCUGGAAGCAUCAACAUCGACAUCAGCGCAAAUGGCUGCGAAACCAACCGUUGUUAGGAAGACAAUGGCGAAGCAACUGACCGGAAAACGUGAAGAUUCGCCGCUCCAUUUGGCUGUAAGACGCGGAGAUUUCUCAGCGGUUAAGAAGAUUCUGAGUGAUCAUAUAGAAUCAGAGGAGGAGCUAAGAGAGGUUUUGCAGAAACAGAACCAAUGCGGCGAGACGGCGCUUUAUGUGGCGGCAGAGUAUGGCGACGCCGAGGUGGUUGCAGAGCUGAUCAAGUACUAUGAUUUAGACGAUGCGGAGACCAAAGCUAGAAAUGGGUUCGAUCCUUUCCACAUUGCUGCUAAACAAGGCGAAUUGGAAGUUUUGAGAGUACUAAUGGAGGAACACCCGGAGCUAGCAAUGACGGUGGACUUAUCAAACACGACGGCUCUACACACGGCGGCGGCACAGGGACACGUGGAGGUCGUGGAGUACCUACUAGAAGCCGCAGGGAGUAGCCUAGCUGCGAUAGCAAAGAGCAACGGGAAAACGGCAUUGCACUCGGCGGCUAGGAACGGUCACGCGGAAGUGGUAAAGGCGAUUGUGGCGGUUGAGCCGGACACGGCGACGAGGACUGAUAAAAAGGGUCAGACACCACUUCACAUGGCGGUGAAAGGACAAAGCAUUGAUGUGGUGGUUGAGCUAAUGAAGGGACAUAGAUCGUCGUUGAAUAUGGUUGAUUCUAAAGGGAACACUGCGUUACAUGUUGCUACUAGGAAAGGUCGCACUAAGAUUGUGGAAUUGCUUCUAGAGAACAACGAGACAGGCACAAAAGCGAUAAACAGAGCCGGAGAAACGCCGCUCGACACGGCCGAGAAAACAGGACACCCUGAGCUCGCGGCGGUUCUCAAAACCCGAGGCGUUCCCUCCGCUAAAGCCAUUAACAACCCUACUCGGUCAAACCCGGCGCGUGAGCUCAAACAAACGGUGAGCGACAUCAAACACGAGGUUCAUCACCAGCUCGAACACGCUCGAGAGACGAGGAAACGCGUUCAAGGAAUCGCCAAACGCAUAAACAAAAUGCACAUUGAAGGUCUCGACAACGCCAUUAACUCCACUACUGUCGUCGCGGUUCUAAUCGCCACGGUCGCUUUCGCCGCCAUUUUCACCGUCCCGGGACAAUACGCCGACGAACUGAGUUCCCUCAAUCCUGGACAGUCUCUCGGAGAAGCCAACAUCGCGGAUAGACCUGCGUUUGCGAUCUUCUUCAUAUUCGAUUCUAUCGCUCUUUUUAUAUCUUUAGCGGUUGUAGUGGUUCAGACUUCGGUGGUUGCGAUUGAGCACAAGGCCAAGAAGAGCAUGAUGGCUGUGAUAAACAAGCUGAUGUGGUUAGCGUGCGUUUUGAUAUCUGUGGCGUUUUUGGCGUUAGCGUUUGUGGUGGUUGGAGAGGAAGAGCGGUGGCUGGCGGUUGGAGUGACGGUGUUUGGUGCGACGAUAAUGCUCACGACGCUUGGGACGAUGUGUUAUUGGGUCAUUAUGCAUCGCAUUGAGGCUUCGAAUGUGAGAAGCGCGAGGAAAGAAUCGAUGGCGAGAUCGAGACAAUCCGGAUUGUUGGAAUUUUCUGGGAUUUUAACAAAGAGAAUGUAUGCUAUUUAGUGAUUUUAGAGACAAAAGAGUAUGCGUUAAGUUUCGAUCAUGAAGCGUGUGGAAGAAGUAACCGAAGUUAUUUCGUAAUAUUUUUUUGUUUUCGUUCUUCCCGUUUAUGAUUUUGACG